AUGAUCCUACAAUAUUCCAAAUCAAAGCCGCACAAUACUGGCGUUUACGAUGGCUAUGAUUACUCUACAUAUGGUGGUAGUAGUUAUUAUUAUCCUACAACAGGAGUAUCGUCCGCACCAAAAGCAUCUACCGCGACUGUGGUUGAAGCACCUCCAGCCAUUUCUGGAAUUAUUAAUCAACAAGUUAGAGGAAUUGGCUCUGGUAUCCAUCAACCAAAGGAUGACAUUGUAAGCGAGCAUCUUGACAUGCAAAGCGAGAUAAAUAAGCAAUCUGCUUCAAAAAAAGAAACCAAAGUCAAUUAUUAG